UGACACUGUUAUUUUAGCGGAGCCCUACCUGCCUGAUACACUCAAAACAUAUGACAGCUUUCACCUGGAAAUAAUAGAAAAUUGACAAUACAGUAACUGCGAGUCUUGAGGCGUGAUUUAUCGAGUAUGUCUUAUUCAAACACGUUAAUAAUAUCGCUUGGAGACCGAGAACUGCUGGCUUCAAUGCACACAGGCGACGGUGUCUCUGUCUGAAAGGCUGGUAAUGUAUUUUCCACCGCACACGUUUGCUUUCCUUUUGUAAACGGUGUCAGCAUCAUCACACAGACCGACAAUGAAAACUGCAUGACAAAAACAAAAAUCUGGAACAACUCCCCCCAAAAAAAAAAAGCCCUCUCCCUGGAGUUGCAGCAAUGGCUUCAGUUCUGAGUUGCUUCAGUGGUCCCGAGGUGUUGGAGGACGUGGAUCACGCCCUGGGCUUAAUGAAGGAGUUAAAGUUGAUGUAUGACUGCCGGCUGCUGGGGGACAUUACUAUCGGAGUUGAAUGCGAAGCUGAGCAUGCUGGAGAGCCAACCAGAGGUGACAUUGAGCAACUUUUCUUCUGCAGCCGCAACGUCCUCGCAGCUGCCAGCCCUUACUUCAAAAGCAUGUUCACCGGGGGGUUGAACGAGAGCAUGCAGGAGAGAGUGGUGAUCCGGGGGGUGGACGCUGAAUCCAUGGCUGUCAUCAUCGACUACUGCUAUACAGGCAGUGUGACCAUCACGGAGAGCAACGUGCAGAAACUCUACUCAGCUGCCAACAUGCUCCAGCUGGAGUACAUCGGGAAAGCAUGCUCCAGUUUCAUGACGAGGAGGCUUGACCUGUCCAACUGUGUUGGGAUACUGAAGUUUGCAGACACGUAUGACAACCCUGGUUUAAAGGAGAAUGCAAAGAAUUUCAUAGCCAGGAACUUCAGCCAGGUGUGUAACGGAGGAGAUCUUUGCGAACUGGAUUUGGUGCAGUUAAAGGAGCUGCUGUCUUUAAACAUUCUGGAUGUUGACUGCGAGAGAAAGGUGUGCUCGGCUGCUCUGCAAUGGAUAGAGGCGAACGCGCCGCAGAAAAGGGAGGAUGCUUUGCAGGCGCUGAAGUGUGUCCGCUGGAACCUGUUCACCGAGAAGGACAAGUGCUACCUGGAGGGCCUCGUGGUGAGACCUUUAAUCGAGAAAUACCUCGCCUCGUUCUUCGACAGGUCGACCGAGGACAGCUGCGGUGCGAGUGUGGAGGUGCCAAAGCACAGAAUAGGCGUGAGUGCGAAAGAAAUGAUCCUCUUCUUCGGCCUGCCAAAUGACAACAUCAUGUGCUGCGAUCCGUACUCGGAGGAUUUGUAUUUCAUGGCUCCCCCUUUAGAGGAUCUAAGCAGUCAGGAUUACAAACGCUCCACCAUGGAGUCUUUAAUCGCCUGUGCCACACCUGAAAACAACUUGUACCUUGCCUCCCACCUCUCGAAACAUUUCUGGCUGUACAACCCUCUGCUGAACAGCUGGCAGGAGCUGGCAGAGAGGCCACUGGGGCGGAUCCACUCGGGGAUGGGCUACCUUAAUGGUCAUGUGUACCUUCUGGGUGGAAGAAAUCCGGUGACAGAUGCCCGGCUGAAGGAAGUGGAGUGUUACAGCGUGCAGAGGAAUCAGUGGACGUUUGUGGCUCCUCUGCCUCAUUCUCUGGGUAAAAUGCAGGUGGUGGCUCUGAACGAUCACCUGUACGUGGUGAACAAAAGGAGAAUGCUUUGCUACGAUCCCAGGAGGAACCGCUGGCGUCACUGUGGCUCGCUGAGGAGGGACAAGCUUCACAAGGCGUGCGUCUUUCAGGACCAAAUCGUGUGCGUGUGCGACAUUCCCGUGGUGAAAGCCUACAGUCCCGCCAGAGGAGAGUGGAAGAGGCUGGGCGACAUUCCCAUCGACAGCCGGGCCUUGAAUUACCAGGUGAUCCAGCACAACAGCAAGCUGCUCCUCCUCACUCAGACUCUCCUGCAGCACAACAAAAACCGGGUCCUCAUCCACGAAUACGACCAAGCUCGAGACACGUGGAAGAGCGUCAUGGCAGUGUACGUGUCCACCCUGGGGCCGGUGUGCGUUUCGACACGCGUGUACCCAGCAUGCCUCGGCUCGGCACACAGCUUCUCCACAGAGGAGGACGACGACAGCGGCUCCAGUGCAGACUGGGACUUUGAUGGGUUGACGGACCCGGACUCGGACUCUGGCAGCUCGAGCUCUUUCUCAGAUGAGAACUGGUAGUAAACUAUGUCAACGAGAGAGUUAUUGAUACUUGAAUUGCAUUUUACAGGGUUCAGUCUUAACAGGAAAGUUUCAAUUUUGCCCCUUUUUUUCUUUUUUCCACCAGUUUAGCCAAUUAUUGAGUACAGAAAGAAAUAAGAAAUUAAACCUUUUUUUCUGCAGAAUCAACGAAAAUAGAAGGGCUUUGUUUUAUAUAUUUACUAUUUAUACAGCAUGAAGUGCAGUAUGAUGUCUAAAAGAGUCUUGUUUACACGAUAAUUCAAGAAAACUGAUCAGCAUGGCUUCCCUCAUUAUUAAGCACAUUGAUAAGGGCAGCUAAAUGUAGGUUACUCCAAAGAUGUAGCACGUCCUUUAAAUGGAGGGUGAAAGUCUGGAUCCUACACUCCCCCAUGAUGCAGGGAUUUAGCAAACUGAGGAUUUGAAUGUUACAGGACUAGACAAAGGAUGCUUUUUCAUCAAGAUUACUUCCGCUUCCUCAAGUCUAUAGAAUGUACAGGAUUAUUUAAUUGCAGCAUGUUCUGGCCCUGUAUAAAGCAGACGUUUGCUGUGUGUAUCUCUGUUUAACAGACAUCCUUACUCACUUAAGCGACUCUUACAAAUGACUCUGAUCAGUUCAUAAAAUUAUGUUUUAAAAGGAAUAUUACAUGGAAAGUAUGAUCAUAGUAAUAAACAGCCAUGUUAACCUGCAAAUGCGUUAAAUUCUGAUGAAAAGCUCAAACUUUUCUAAAGCUAUAAGAGCUUUAAUGCCCCUCUAUAUAUUUAUCAAUGAAAGAAACUUGAAGGUUUUGUAAUAGUUCCUGAUUACCCGGUUCUGUUGACAUUUGUGCCACUCUGUUUGACGGCUGCUAAAGCGAUGUAGCAUGAUGUCAUGAAUGACUGAAGUCGACUUCUUGUGAAGGAUUACUCAUCGAGCAGCGCUUGCUCGUCCGUUCUCGUGUCUUCUCCUCAAAUCCCCCUCUUUCACAUCCUCGCUAAGGAUGCAAUGAAGAGUUACUCGUUAGAUAAAGGAGGAGGCUUAUUGACAUGUGGAAAAGCUCCCAUUUUCACUGCAGAGAUACUUAAACUUGCCAAACACAGGUGUUACCAAUAAGGUGAUUAAUUGCUGGAACUAAGCCAUCGUUAAUGUACUUACUGUCACCUGUGCUCUUCCUGCCAUGACUCGUCAAAAAUGUGCUGAGAAAACUGAAUGCUCUGAUGCUACUAACACCAUCCUGCUACUUUUUCUUUUGAGGGUAAAACACAAAAAAAAAAGGUUUGGGAACCACUGCAAUAACGCAACUUCAUUUACUCUUUUGUUAGACUCAUCCUGCUUGGCUAACAUCCUCAUUGGUCCCUCUCCUUUUUUUUUUUUUUUUUUUUUUUUUACAAGGUGGUCUGCCUGAUUUGUACUCUCCAAACUGAAGCCAAGUUACCCAAGAGGGGUAGUUAGCAGUUCUGUCAUGAUCAGUGAAUCUAUGUUUUCAUGAUUGUUAAAUGAAAGAACACCCAGAACUGUUGAAGAAUACUCAUUACCACGCCCUCGAUCUCAGAGAAAUGCCUUCAACCCAAAGACUUGAAAUAUACAUCUGUAAGUGACAAAGACAAGCGAGAAGCAGAAACCAGUGAUUUUCUUACAUUUUUGCUUUAAAAAAAUGACAAAAUGUGUAUUAAUUAUCAAAAUACCUGGCGGUUCAUUUUUCUGUUAAUCCAUGUAUUGUCUAAUCUCGCUCAAAAUAACUUCUAGGGCCCGACCGGUAUUGGAUUUUUUCGGUCCGAUAACGAUACGGAUUGUAGGGAGAGAAAAAAAUCUGAUAUCAAUAUAUUGACCGAUAUCUUCUACAAUCUUUAUGGAUGGCUAGAUAGAUGGAUGGAUAUGAAUAUACACACAUUUAUUGUGUUGAUCCCUCCUAUACUGUUAUGAAAUACUUUUAAAAAGAUUUAUAAUGGAAGACUAGCUUUUUUUUUUACAGAAGCCUUUAUAGGCAAGAAUAACAAGAGUGCACUGACUUAAAUUGAAUAAACCUGGUUACAUCGGCAUAUCAGAGAUCAAAUUAGCCGAUCCCGAUAGUCUCAUAAUGUGCUCAUAUCGGCUGAUUUAUCGGUCGGGUUCUAAAUACUUCAGAAAAGUUUUCAGACUUGACAGCUGCCUUCAGAGCUAAAAAAGUUACCAUAUGAAAGACUGUAGAAGCAUCCCCUGUUUACUAGAAAGAAAGGGGAAAAAACUUAGAAGAACCCUUUAUAAUUGAUGCAUGUGUGGUUAAAUAUCGCCUGUUUGUGCUAAUACCAUUUAAAUUAUCUUGAAUUAAUGAGCUAAUGAUUGGUGUGAAAUCAUCUUGGGACGUCAGAGUUCUUCCAGAUUAUGACUUGAAACACGUGUGGUCAGUCACAGGGCUUUAAAAAUGUGCUGUCCCUUUUUUUUUAUUUGCAUUUGUUGAUGCAUAUAAAGACGUCACACACUGUCGUGAUGUCAGAAAUGUUAUAAUAGAAAGAAGCCAAUGCACUUGUAUGCUGACUCAGGUUAAGGUUUAAAAAAAAAAAAAAGCCUGUGUGCCAUAUUUGACUUGAUGUAGUAAAACUAGAUGGUUUUUUGAUGAUUGAUGAUGAAUUUGAUUGCGUUUGUUUAAAUGUAUAAAGUGUUGUCUUGUAUUUUAUUUUAUUGUGUCAGUUGGAGGACAGUUUGUCAGCCUAUAAUGUGAUUAAUCUUCCACCAUCCCAUACUCUCAGCUACCAGUUUAUCAGCGAAAUAUUUCAAACACCUCUCACUUUUUGAUGCAACACUACAAAGUGCUGACUCUAAAUGACCACUAUGGGUUGAACAUGUCUUUAAAUCAACCUUCAAAUGUGAUAUUUAUUUCAGGGCUAAAUUGUAAAACAGGAUCAGUAAGAGUAUUUGUACCAAAUAAACUGGUAAAUGAGUUUUAUCUUCCGUGUUGUUUUACUGUAUGAUGGAUGAUUAAAGUGUUAAAUUAUUUGACUGUGUGUAUGUGUUGCUGAUUGGUUUGGUUUAUAAAGCUGUUAUGUGUCAAAUAAACAUCAGUGUCUGCUGCAGAGAA